AAGUCAUGUGUGUGACGAUCAUGUGACUUAGAAAACAUGGCGCACGGGCACGUAAACAUGGAACGCCUCUGUGCCACAGUUACCGUCUUUUGGACAGUUUUAUGUGUUUUGGUGGCCAAAACGGAGCCGGUUCGUGCUGAUCUUUGGUCGGCUGUUAUUGAUGCGAAGAGUGGGCAGAUCUCCCUCCUGGACGAGUACCGAGAAGGUUCGGUAGCCUGGGCCAACUUCACCGACGACAUUCAAAAUUCAGGUUGGACGUUUUUGGAGGUGACCACCAACAGUCAGUACAAUGACAGUCUCCAGGCGUACCUGGCUGGUGCAGUGGAGGGAGCUGCCACAUCUCAGCUCAUCUACAAGCACUGGAUGAACACCUUGAUGAACUACUGUGGUCCUUAUGCCUCAGAGGCCACUUACUGUGAGCGACUGAAGGCUUUCAUCACAGCCAAUUUACAGUGGGUUCAGGAACAGAUACAGAGUCAGCCUAACUCUCCGUACUGGUAUCAGGUCCGUCUAGCGCUGUUGCAGCUGAAAGGUUUGGAGGAUGGCUACAAUAGUCAGCUCUCUUUCCCCCUCGGUUCUUUCUCCCUAAACCCAUUUGGUUUUUUACUUUUCCAGCUCGGAGGGGAUCUGGAAGACUUGGAGUCGGCGCUGAACAAGUCCAGCCAAACCCGACCUCUAGGAUCAGGCUCGUGCUCCGCUCUCAUCAAGCUGCUGCCCAACAAUAAGGAGCUGCUGGUGGCUCAUGACACCUGGAACAACUACCAGUCCAUGCUGCGCAUAAUGAAGAAAUACAUGUUCGCUUUCAGCGCCUCUCCUUUAGAUAACUUCUCAAUUCCUGGAAAAACUCAGGCAUUCUCGUCCUACCCUGGAUCUAUUUUCUCUGGAGAUGACUUUUAUAUCCUGAGCAGCGGCUUAGUCACUUUGGAAACUACGAUUGGGAAUAGCAACCCUGAUCUGUGGAAGUUCGUCCAACCCACUGGCUCGGUAAUGGAGUGGCUUCGGAACAUUGUGGCCAACCGAUUGUCUGUGACUGCAAAGGACUGGGCUGAGAUUUUCAGCAAAUACAACAGUGGAACCUAUAACAACCAGUGGAUGAUUGUUGACUACAACCACUUCAGUCCGGGAAAAACCGACAUUAAGGAGGAACUAUUUGUUGUGUUGGAACAGAUCCCCGGUAAAGUCGUUUAUGCAGAUAAAACACAGGAGCUGCUUAAAACAGGAUACUGGGCAAGUUUCAAUAUUCCGUACUAUGUUGAAAUAUUCAACACCAGCGGCUGCAAUGAACUGGUGGAGAAGUACGGCCCGUGGUUUAGUCUUGACCAGAAUCCCCGGGCUCAGAUUUUCAGGAGAAACCAAUCAGAUGUCACGGACGUGGACUCGAUGGUGCGCCUCAUGAGGUAUAACAACUUUAAACAAGACCCUUUGUCCUUGUGUGAAACAUGUGACCCACAACCGAAUGGCGAGAAUUCCAUUUCAGCCCGUUCAGAUCUCAACCCAGCGAACGGCACCUACCCAUUUGGUGCCUUACAUCAGAGAUCACAUGGUGGAACUGAUAUGAAGCUGACCUCCUACGGGAUGUUCCGUCAGUAUGAAAUGUUGGCAGUGAAUGGACCAACAUGGGACCAACUGCCCCCCUUCCAGUGGAGCACCUCCCCCUACAAGGACCUGCUACACAUGGGGCAUCCUGAUCGCUGGGUUUUUAAGCCCAUACGGGUCACUUGGGCUCCAUGAGCACCACAGACAUCGGUCAGCACCUAGAUAAUGGAACAAAGGGAAAGACAAAAUUAUUGAAUAUGUAUACAUUUGGGAUUUGAUCCAACUGUCUUUUGUUUCAGUGAGUUGGCUGACAUUUUGCACAAUGUUAUUUUAACUUUUUUCAUUUUAAUCAUGCAAUAUCUGAUGGUUUUUAAUCAUUUCAUUCAACACUUGACAUCUUAAGGUAAUCACAGAAAUCAACCUUUGUGGAGAUGUUUUUAUUGCAACAUUGCAUUUUGUAUUUUUUGACAGUGACGGCCUAAUCUUGUCAAUAAUAAACCAACAUUUGUCAAUG